AGAAAAAAAGAAGAGUAAUUAGGAAAGCCAAAGCCACAUAAGAGAUGACACAUAUUGAAGAUAUCCUUUUCUUUACUUUCAGGCUUGAAGAAGCCAAGUUUAAACCAUUAAGCUAUCUAACCAACCACUCCAUUAAUUUUGGUUCUAUUUUCUUCUCUUUAUUAAUAGCUAUUUGGAAACACCAUCCAAAAAGACCCUCUUUUUUGUGAUUCUUUUUAGCCUGCAAGAAAACUGCAGUAAAAAAAGUGAGAAUAAAUGUGGCAGAAUCAGAGCCAGAAUUGUUCUUUUAGAGAAUCCAUUAAAGCCCUUGAAGCUGAUGUUGAACAUGCCAAUACUUUGGCAGCGGCUCUUCCCCGGGAUCUCGAUGGGGAUUGUGUUCAGAUGAAAGUUUCCUAUGGUUUUCUUGCCCCCUUCUUGCUAUUUCUCAUAGAAUGGAUGGACUAUAGUUGUUUAGAUACUCUGCCUAGUUGUUUAGGCCUCCUUCACAUUCUUGUUUACAAGGUUUAUGUUGAUCGAAUGCCAACAAUGACCCCACAAGAAAGGAAAGCCACAAUUAGAGAAUUCUACGCCAUUAUAUAUCCUUCACUAAAGCAGCUUGACAGCAAUCUAGUGGAAUUAAUGAAGGAGAAUCAUAAAGUAACUCAACUCUCUAACACUUCAAAUGGAGGAGGAGGGGAAGAGAAAAGACAGUCAUGUAAAAGUAUACAGGAAGAAGAAGAAUGUGGUAUAUGCAUGGAGACUGGCUCCAAGGUGGUUUUGCCUAAUUGUAGCCAUUCAAUGUGUGUUGGCUGUUUCCACGACUGGUACAUCCGGUCUCAAUCGUGCCCUUUUUGUCGAGGUAGUCUAGCGAGAGUAAACUCCAGAGACUUGUGGGUUCUAACUAGUGACUGUGAUGUGGUUGAUAGCACUGUACUUGCGCAGGACAACCUAAGGCGCUUCUACCUUUAUAUUGAUAAGUUGCCACUUGCCGUCCCUGACAGUACCAAUGUAAUGCUUUACGAUUAUAUGAUAUAGUCUUGGAAGUGGAAGCAAUGAAUCAUGCAUGUUGACCUAUGACCAUAGAUGCAUGAUCGCAUUGUGUAUAGUUAACUAAACUACUAGCUAUCCAUACUGCAAAUUCAAAGCUACGGAGAUAAGGUGUUUGUGGAAUGACGAAUCUUCACAUACUGCAAUUCUGUGAUGUGUUUCGGAACAUUAUGUAAACGAGUCAUCUUGCUCAUGACAGUAGAAAACUUAGAGAUAUAUAAGCCUGAUAUUCAACUCAGUUUUUUGGAACCUGAGUGCUGAAAUGGGAAGGCAAAUGACUAAAAGUCUUUGGCAAGUGCAGCUGCUGCUUCUUAUGGUUGUACAAUAUUUUACCUUUUGAAAUAAAGGAUGUAUGAUUGACCAAAGCCAUAUGCUUUUGCCAUUUUAGUAUUUGGUCUUUUGACAUUUUUGGCCUAUUCGCCAAAAUAAUUAUGGGCUCUGGACAAAAUAUACAAAAUUUAUACCCUGAUCAUGUAUAUUAAUGCAUAUCAUAUGUAUAUUUAUACUUAAUAUACAAAACAUAUACAUUUACCAGCUAU